AUGAAAUCUUCGGGUGAUCGCGCCUACGAAAAAUCCGGCGAAGAAGUACCGCGUUAUAACCUCCGUCAUAAGAAACGCGUCGAGAAAGUUCGCGAAGCCAAAAUGGCCGACAAAAAUGGUGAAAGAAGUUCGAGUGACGACGAAAAUGAUUGCGCGAUAGUUCAGCAAGACAAAGUGAUCGAAGAACUACGCGAGCAAAUAAAAGCCUUGCAAAAGUCGCUAGCGUCAUCGGAAAAGGAAAAAGUCCAAUACAUAGAAGCCCUAAAUCAACAAACCGCUAACAACGUCAUCAGUGCCGACGUACCUAGCAUCGAAGCUAUUCCUGUUAGCUUCAAGCCAACCGAAGUUACCUCUGCCAACUUCACAACAGUCAGCGCUACUUCUGCCAGCGCUAUUCCUGCCGAGACUUAUUCUUUUAAUAACAAUUAUGCCAACGCCAACGCCACCUACGCCAGCGCUACUUCCGCCAACGCCAACUUUGCCGGUGCUACAACUGCCAGCACCAAUUAUGCCAACGACACCUACGCCAGCGCUACCUCUGCCAACGCCAAUUUUGCCGGUGCUACAACUGCCAGCACGAAUUAUGCCAACGCCACCUACGCCAGCGCUACCUCUGCCAACGCCAAUUUUGCCGGUGCUACAAUUGCCAGCACCAAUUAUGCCAACGCCACCUCCGCCAGCGUUACUUCUGCCAACGCCAACUUUGCCGGUGCUACAACUGCCAGCACCAAUUACGCCAACGCUACCUCUGCCAGCGUUACUUCUGCCAACGUCAAGCCCGACGCUGCCUUCGGCCCCUAUAUCCGGUCUGCCACGUGCCCGCCAGCAAUAAUGCAGCCGUACUGCCACACCAGCCCUUAUUCCUUAAAUCUUCUGCCAGCAAGCUACAUGCCUGCAGCGUCCAACCCACAAAUCACACCGCAGCUCAUCAAUCAAAAAGUUCAAAUAGCACCCAGCGCAAGCCAGGUACGUAAAAUUUUAGAUUUGCCAGAUUUUCAUGGCUCUCCCGAAGAGUGGCCUAUGUUUUCUGUGGCCUUUAAGGAAACCACGGAAAUGAAUUCAUAUUCGCGAUUGGAGAAUCUGUUACGUCUCCAGAAAGCCCUAAAGGGGAAAGCCAGACAACAGGUGGAGUCGUUGUUGAUCCACCCAUCCAGUGUAGAUGCGGCUAUGAAAACAUUAGAAUUUCAUUACGGUCGCCCAGAGCUACUUAUUAGAAGCCAAAUAGCGAAAGUUCGAGCGUUUCCACCCGUUACCGGAGGACGAAUCGCCGAUAUACUCAAUUUUAGCACAAUGGUAUCAAACUUAGCUGCCUUUCUAGAAAAUUCCGGUGCGGUACCACAUCUAAAUAAUCCAAUGUUGCUCGACGAAUUAGUCAGCAAACUGCCACUGAACAAGAGGGAAGAGUGGACUCGCCACAUCUUCGAAAUGCAAAAGCCAUAUCUCACUGUGCGUGAAUUUAGCAAUUGGUUGCAGCACACAGCCAUGUAUGUGUCCAUGGCAAUAGAUGUUAUGCCAACAAAGUAUAUGCCCAACGAUUUUGUGUGCUACAAACCUAAAAUGUCGUCCAAGCCCGUAAUGACUGUAACAAAAGAAGAAAAGAAGUGUUUAGUGUGUGACCAAAGCCAUAUUUUAAAUACGUGCUCAAAAUUUAAAGAUGCCGAUUGUUCGAAUCGCUGGAGUAUAGUGAAAAAUAAGCAUCUGUGUUUUUGUUGUUUGCAACCUGGUCACAGUGUACAGAAUUGCCGCAAGCGACGAGUGUGUGGUAUAUCCUCGUGUAAUAAAUUCCACAAUCGGUUGCUUCAUAGUUCCAGUGAUAAUAACAAAAACAAUAUUUCAUCUGCUGAUAAAGCUGUGGCAACUGUUCAAACUGUGUAUCAAAAUCCACAACAUCCACUCGCUCGAUCAAAUUCACCACAACGUAACAAAACACUCCUCAAAUAUUUGCCAGUCAAGCUGAAAGGUCCCAAAGGCGAAAUCAACAUUUUCGCUUUCAUUGACGAAGGCGCAAAAAUAUCCCUAUUGGAGGAAAAUAUAGCGAACGUUCUCGGCCUCAAAGGCAAAUCCAAUUUACUUCGCCUAAAGUGGAUAGGCAAUCAAAGCAUGAGCGAACAGUCGCGGCAAGUGUCACUUGAAAUUGCCGGCGCAAAUGAAGCAGCAACGAGUUAUGAAAUGAGGGGAGUGCGUACAACAAAAAAGUUGUAUUUGCCGCAGCAGACGUUGAAUUUGAACGACUUCAUACAACGUCACGAACAAUUGGCAAAUAUACCAAUCGCCGAUUACAAUAAUGCAGUGCCGCAAAUACUUAUUGGAUUGUCGCAUACAGAGUUAAUACGAACAAUAAAAACUGUGAAUUUGGACGAUGGCUUUGCAAUCCACAAGACAAUGUUAGGGUGGACAUUAUUUGGAUCGAACGAAUAUCGUUCGAGUGAGGGUACUAUUGGUCACGUCAAUAUUGAAAGCACCGCACAAUUGAAUGAAAUUAGUAAACAAAUAACAGAAUAUUUUGCAGCAGAAAAAUUUGAAAUAAAGCAAUUGCCAAGCGUUCGUCCAGAAGCCGAUAUUAGGGCGGAAAAGUUAUUAAACGAGACGACAAGGUUUGUAAAUAAUAAUAGAUAUGAAACCGGCUUGCUUUGGCAUAAAGAUAAUGUGAAAUUUCCCGAAAGUUUCAGUAUGGCCAUGAAGCGCUUAGAGCAAAUUGAAAUGAAAAUGGAACGGGAAAAAGACUACGGGGAAUGGUAUAAAGCAAAAAUCAACGAGUACAUCGAAAAGGAAUACGCAAAGCGACUUUCACCCGAUGAAGCUAAUGUAAAUGCUGAUCGCACAUGGUAUUUACCACAUUUCGCCACAUGUAAUGUAAACAAAGGAAACAAACGUAGACUCGUUUUCGAUGCCGCAGCAAAAAUAAAUAAUAUGUCGUUGAAUUGUGCCCUUAUGAAAGGACCGGAGGAGUAUCAACCAAAAUCGCUGUUGGCAAUAUUGUGUAGGUUUAGACAAGGCAAAUUUGCAGUAUGUGGUGACAUAUGUGAGAUGUUUCGCCGGAUUCUGAUUCGCCACGAAGAUCAAAAUGCGCAGCGCUUUCUUUGGAGAGGGGGCGAUCGAUCAAAACCGCCAGACGUUUACGUUAUGCGCGCCAUGAUAUUUGGAUCAAUUAGCUCACCAUGUUCUGCACAAUUUGUAAAAAACGUGCACGCAGAAAAAUAUCGUGAUGUAAAUGCAAGAGCCGUCAAUGCCAUUGUGGAUCGGCACUAUGUCGACGACUAUAUGGACAGUUUCGAUACUGUCGAAGAAUGCAUUAAGGUUACCAAGGAUGUCAUCGAUAUCCAUAGCCACGCCGGGUUCCAGUUAAGAGGGUUGACGUCAAAUUCGUACGACAUUCUGCAAGCUGUAUUACACAACGAGCAGCCGUGUAAGCAACAAAGAAAUUAUAUAUGCCAAGGGGAGAGUGCUACCGAGAAGGUGCUUGGAAUGCACUGGAACCCAAACAAAGAUUACUUUUUCUUCAAAUUGCUGUUUUCUAGAGUGCCCAAAGCAGUUUUAGACUGUAGUAGACGGCCAACGAAAGGUGAGAUGCUGAGCGUUACUAUGUCUAUAUUUGAUCCGCUAGGUUUCGCGUGUGGGUUGGUGCUGCGGGCAAAAGUUUUGAUGCAGAGCCUGUGGACCAGGAGUAUAGAUUGGCAUGAGCCAAACCCCGAAGACAUUUAUAAGAAGUGGUUGCAGUGGUACAAAACGUUGAAUACCAUCGAAAAUUUUAAAAUGCCAAGAUGUUAUGGCAUACAAUUUUUGAAUCCGAAUGCCGAUAUACAGCUACAUAUUUUUGUUGAUGCGAGUGAGAUCGCAUUUGCUGCCAUCGCCUUUUGGCGAAUUCAUCACGCAAAUAAUCCAGACAUCGUAUUCGUUGCUGGCCGAUCCCGGUGCAGCCCGCUGAAGCCAUUGUCCAUUCCGAGACUUGAGUUACAAGCAGCCGUCUUGGGAAUAAAGUUGAGGGAAGCCGUCAUCAACAGCCACGACGUACAGCCGCGUGAGUCAACAUUUUGGUCAGAUUCAAAAAUAGUUCUUCAGUGGAUAAGGUCUGACGCCAGGUGCUACAAGCAGUUCGUGGCACACCGUAUAGCUGAGAUCCUGCAAACAUCCGAAGCCAGUCAGUGGAGGUGGGUACCAGGUAAAGAAAACCCAGCUGAUGAUGCUACACGCAUAAAAACCUUUUCUCAAAAUGGUAAGUGGUUAAAUGGUCCGCCUUUUUUGAAAUUGCCUGAGCAUAGUUGGCCAGCCAUGCCAACCGAAUUUGAUAAUAGCGAAUGCCAAGAGGAGAGACGCUCCAAGCAAAUAUAUACGAUAUCGUCAGCGGAUAGAGUAAUUCCAUUUAAUAAGUAUUCAAAUUACUAUAAACUUUUAAGGGUGAUGACAUGGGUACGAUAUGCCAUAAUGAAAUUCCGUAAGGUUGAUGAACGUAGAAACGUAUAUGCAUCAAAGUUAAUUAUUGCGAAUGAGAUCAAACAAACUGAAUUACUGAUAUGCCUAUUAGUACAACAAGAUGUUUUUGCUGACGAAGUUGAAUCUUUGCGUAAAGGUGCGCCAAUUACGAAAUGCAGCUCUAUAUUUAAGCUAAGCCCGAUGUUGGACAAUGAGGGCCUUAUACGACUAGGGGGUCGGAUAGACUAUGCCGAAUGCGUACCAAUGUCAACAAAGCGACCAAUAAUAUUGCCAAGGAGUCAUCCUAUAUCACGUCUUGUAGCUAAGCAUUAUCACGAACUUUUUCAUCACCACAACUUUGAGUCAGCGUUGUGCGCCAUACGUCGAAAGUUUUGGAUUCCUAGUGCGCGCCGAUUAUUGAGGUCAAUUAAAGCUAAAUGCCAGAAAUGUAAAAAUUUAUCCGCUAUUCCCGAAUCACCACUUAUGGGCCAAGUACCGAGCGAUCGAGUUACGCCGUUCGUUCGUCCGUUCACAUAUUCAGGCGUUGACUACUUUGGGCCUGUCUUAGUAGCCAUAGGCCGUCGUCAAGAAAAACGUUGGGUUGCACUUUUCACGUGUCUAACUAUUAGAGCCAUUCACCUGGAACUAGCUAGGGACCUAUCAACAGAUGCUGCCAUAAUUGUCUGCCGUAACUUUAUAAACAGAAGAGGUGUACCGGUACGGCUCCGAAGCGACAUGGGGACAAAUUUUGUCGGCGCAAGCAAAGAAGAUUGGGUGAACGUUCAAAGCGGUAUGCAAUCGGAGUGUGAUCUUCGAGGUGUAGAGUGGGUUUUCAAUGCACCUGCCAAUCCAUCUGCCGGGGGCAUAUGGGAAAGAAUGGUAAGAAGCGUAAAACGAGUUUUGAUGUUCACGCUGAAGGAACGAGCGCCACAGUUGGAGACCCUGCAAAGUCUUCUGAUUGAAGCAGAAAAUUUAAUAAAUUCGCGUCCAUUAACACAUGUGCCGGUAGAGAGUACCGACGCCGAGCCUCUGUCACCCAAUCAUUUCUUGCUAGGCUGCGCGAAUGAUGUACAAACUCCACCGCUGUCAGAGAAGAUAUGUUUACGCAAGCAGUGGCACAUAGCGCAGCAGCUGAAGCAGACUUUCUGGAAGAGGUGGAUAUUGGAGUAUCUUCCUACCUUGACCCGGCGUACGAAAUGGUUUAAGAGGGUGAAGCCGAUAGCUGUAGGUGACAUCGUUAUAGUUUGCGACGACAACGAGAGCCGAGGCCAUUGGAAACGGGGUAUCGUAACAGAAGCAAAGCCAGCCCCAGAUGGUCAAGUUAGAUCUGUUUUAGUCAAGACGUCAACAGGAAUUUUACGGAGACCAGCGUCUAAAAUUGCAGUGCUCGACGUUGGUAGUGAUUCUCUCACCAGUGAUGCGAAUCACGGGGGGGAGGAUGUUACCGAUUAA